AUGAAUCGGCAACAAAGAUCGGCCCUCGCCGCCCCCACCACUGCAUCAGCAGCAACAAUGAUGAUGGUUUUCGUCCUCUACGCCCUUCUGUCUGGAGCGGGCCUGGCCCUUGCCCAUCAACACCGGCAAUACCACCAGCAGCAGCGAAUCCUCACCCGAGAUCCGGACUCGCCCCAUCUAGCUGUGGGAAUAAACGAUAGUGGUCGGAACUACAACCGCGGGACUGACGUUAGUUCCACCGUUCGAGCUCUCGCUACCGUUUCCGCGGGAUCGGUUCCUUCCUCGUCUCAGGAUCGUAAGGACAUCUACCAGGACGACAGGCGAGGGAGGAGUUUGGGUGCGACUGUUGGAAGGGGAGGGGGAGGGAUGUCUGCGAUUGGAGGUCACAGAAGUCUGAACGAUUGGGAAGUGGAGGAUUUUGUCCUGCUGGCUACGGUGGAUGGGACGCUACAUGCUAGGGAUCGGAAGAGCGGUGCUAGGCGGUGGGAGAUUUUCGCCCAUGAUCCGGUGGUUCAGACGGUCUACCAUCGCGCGAAUGGCAGCGCGGCGAACACGGAGCGGGAUUGGAUUCAGGAUGAUGACGUGGUUUGGAUCGUUGAGCCGAUCCAGGAUGGGGCUUUGUUCUUUUUUACGCCGGAUAAUGGGUUGCAGGUAUGUGCCCUCCUGCCGACCCAUUGAUUGAUUGGAGUGUGGAGUUCAGGGAACUGACUGUGUGUGGGGGAGAGACAGAAGCUUGACGUCACAGUCAAGGGCAUUGUAGACGACUUAUCGCCGUUCACGCCAAAGGGUAGCGAUCGUUCUUACAAUGGUGAGAAGAAGACAACAACUUUUGCGAUUGAUGCUCGCACCGGCAAUGUUCAGAGGGUCUUCUCAUCUGCUGGCAUAGCUAGCCCGGUCAACAAUGAUAAGUGUAAGCCGAAUAAUGGACUUGAAGAGGAUCUCGACGACGACGAGUGCGAAUCUGUUCCCAAGACUAUUUUAAUUGGAAGGACUGGUAUGACUCUCAAUUGGGAAUAGGGGAAACGACGGCUACUGAUUUAUCUUUGAUGGCCGACAGAGUAUACUGUUACCAUCAAUAGUCUGUCCACCGGUGAGCGGCUUUGGACCAUCAAGUAUGCUGAGUGGGGGCCCAAUAAUGGGGAUAAGGAUCUUGCCGUGCAGUAUGAAAGAUCCAUGGAUAAUAGGUAUAUCUAUACUGGUCAUGAUGGCAAGAUUUAUGGGUUUGAAGGGGAUGUAGCUGGUAUGUUUUAUAUGCCCCAUCCGGGUGGAUGUCUCUUGGCUAGUCCGAUCAUUGACAAUCUGCACAUCAGGCCCUGACAGCGAGCGUCGCCCAAAAUACCAGCAAUCCUUUUCUUCUCCCGUUAUCAGAGUCUUCGACGUUGUCAAGUCCAUAACUUCCCCCACGGAAUCCAAAACCGUCACAUCUGUUGUUCUCCCUCAGCCAAUUCUCGCAUCAAGGGAAUUGGACCGGCACGAAGGAUUGACAUUUGUGGGCUGUACCGAGAACGACAGUUUCUACGCUCUAUCGGAAACAAGCUACCCGUACGUUACUGAUGGAGCCCCAGACGCAACGUUCUACGCCGGCGGGCGCCUAAAAUGGCAAACGUCCACCCGUGACGAACGCCACAAGACAAUAAUGGGCAUGCACCACGCGCACUACGGAUUUGAUGAGCCCUAUCGCGCAUCCCUACCCGCUCCUACGCCGAUCUCACGCGAAGAACGGCCAGCCGUUAGAUCCAGGAACACCGUCCCACCAUUGCCGUCCUCGCCCUCCUUGAAGAGUAGCCGCUUGAUCAACUUUGCUAUAGAGAACCUCGUGGAUAUAAGCAUUCUCGUUCCCAUACUUACUGCUUUGAUUUGGCUGUUUAUGAAGCAGAUGGGUGGAAGCAAGGCUGGAAAUGGGACACCGGAGAAUGUGAGCAAUGCAACUAUGGCCGGUCAUGCGGGGGAGCUUGUGCGGCUUGUUAGAGCUGGGGCGGCUUCUGAGCGUGUACCGAAUGGUGUGCCAGUUCUGGAUGAGCCGCCGGACGGGGUGGUUGUCAUGGGGGAGCAGUUACAGAAACAACCUGGGCCCACUGCACAGCAGCAGCAGGUGGAGGAAGCGGUGGCCGUGGCUAUAGAGGUGGCAGCGCCGAGGGGGGAGAUACAACAGCCGGCUGUGGUGCCGGACGCAGCGGCGGGAGCAGUGAGAUUUGAGGACGGUGCGGUAAUGGUUGAGGAGGAUGUUCCGGUGCCACCAGCUCCUACUCCUAAGAAAAAGAAGCAUAGAGGCCAGAGGGGAGGUGCUAGGAAACGGGGAAAGGCAAAUGCGGAGAAGGAGAAGGAGAAGGAGAAAAUGGAGGUUGCGGGUAGUGAGGUGAAGGAGAUUGUCAGGGAGAACCCGAUGCAGCUUGAUCUCAACACACUAGCUAUAGAUCCUUUAGGGGAAGAGUGGGAUCCGUCAUCAUUAGUUGCGAUAAAUAACUUGAUGGUUCAUGAAGAUAAAGUAUUAGGUGAGUCUAUUGGAUGUAGUCGCGAUUUCGAUUCCCUUCAACUCACAAUCUUCAAGGCGUUGGCAGUCAAGGAACAAUAGUAUACAGAGGCUCGUUCGAGGGAAAAGUAGUAGCUGUCAAGCGGAUGCUGCGAGAUUUUAUCGACGUGGCGGAGCACGAAGUCUCACUAUUGCAGCAAAGCGACGACCACCCCAACGUCAUCCGCUACUACUGCACCCAGCACGGGUCCCGCUUUUUAUACAUUGCACUAGAGCUCUGCCCGGCGUCACUAUUUGACGUAUUCUCCGAUCCAAUAAGCCACUCCGACCUCCUGGGGCUCAUGGACCCCAUAGACGUCCUCCGCCAGAUCGCCUCAGGAGUACGUCACCUCCACUCUUUAAAAAUCGUGCACAGGGAUUUGAAACCCCACAAUAUCCUCGUUAGCCACCCCAAGCCGCUCCCUCACGACUCCUCAACGAAGCGGCCGAGGGUCCUUAUAUCAGACUUUGGCCUGUGCAAGAAAUUAGAAGGCGACAAGAGCUCCUUCGGCGCCACAACAGCUCAUGCAGCGGGCACGUCGGGCUGGCGCGCACCGGAACUCCUCGUCGACGAAGACUCCGCUUCGAAACCUAUCUCCCCCUCACAACCCCCUCCCCAACCGCCAACGGCCGAAGCCUCCACCUCAAACUCAUCCUCCGAAACCGCUGUAAUUGACACGUUAACCAACCGCCGUGCCACCCGCGCAAUAGACGUCUUCUCGCUAGGGUGCGUGUUUUACUACAUCCUCUCUCGCGGCGAGCACCCCUUUGGCACACGUUGGCACCGAGAGUUCAACAUCAUAAACAACAGCCCCGACCUCUCCCACCUCGCCCCGCUGGGACUAGCAGAGUACGAAGCUAGGGACUUAAUCUCUAGUAUGAUAAGCCAUAACCCGCGAAAACGUCCAGACGCCACGAAAGUUCUUAUUCAUCCGUUCUUUUGGUCACCAGAGAAGCAAUUGACCUUCCUGCUAGACGUGAGUGAUAGGUUUGAGGCUGAGAAGGACAAGGAGAAAGUUACCGGCCCCGAAGGUGGGUAUAAGUCCCCGUUCAUACCAAUGCUGGAGCGAAAUGCCCGGGAAGUUUGCGGUGGCGGUGACGGGGACUGGACGAAGAGGCUUGAUAGGCUAUUCCUCGCAGAGCUAGUGAGCAACAAGCGAAGAGGGUACGAUGGCGAGAAGGUGCUGGAUUUGUUGAGGGCUAUACGAAACAAGGUAUAUUCUGUCUUCUCCCACGUGGACUGAUGGAAGAUAAUGGUGCUAACUAACGAGUAACAGAAGCAUCACUACCAAGAUAUGAAACAGACCGUAAGGGAAGCCGUCGGCGAUCUCCCGGGCGGCUACUUGAGCUACUUCUCCCGACGUUUCCCGGGCCUCCUACUACACACUUGCGAGGUGGUCCGUGACGCAGGCUUCUGGCAAGAGCCGGUUUUCAGAGGGUAUUAUUCCGUGCAGCGUUAAUCCGUCGAUUGAUUCACCGGUCUUGCUGAGCUGCCGAUCGUAGAAGUAGAAGGGGGUUUCUUGCAUAUACCCUUUUUUUUUUUCUAUCUUUUUUAAAAUUUCAGAUUUUUUUUUUUGCAGGGUUUGAUUUGCGCUUAGCUUAGGUUUGGACUUGGUGGGGAUGAAUAUAAAAAACGUUUGGGCUUUGGGAUUGCUUGGGUUGGCUUGGGCAUGUUUGGGUCACGCGCGUUUUUCUUUUACUCAGCAGCAGUGUGCUUGAUAGUUGGCUGCCUUUUACCUCUUGUCUUGAUACUCUACCCGAGUAGCUGCUACUGGUGUCUUUCGCUUUUCUUUUUGCCUUCUAUUCAAGUUCACGGGGUUGUUUCUCACUUGUGCAUGUAUAUACGCUUUUGGUUAGGCACUUACUUAUUUGUUAGCCCUUACCCACUUAACUUACCACAUAUG